CCUUGUUCUCUUCAUCCUCUAUAACGCAACUACCUCCUACCUAUCUACCCUACACACUCUUUGAAUGCUAGCUAGCCUCCCUUAUUUUUCUCUGACAACUUAUUUCAUAUCCAAUGACUAAGUAGGAUCCGAAUCUUAGUUUAUUUAGUUAAAUGAUAAAACCAAUUACCAAUUCUGUUGAAUGUUGUUGCUGUUGGCCUCCCUUAUUUAUAACCCACCUUUUCAAUCUUCAAUUACAAAUAACCUUUGAAACACUUCCUGUUCCGUUCCUCAUUUUUAUUCUCUUUUAUCUCUUGGAGAAGAAAUAUAUAUGGCGCCCUCGUUCGAUCAAAGUGCAAGCACAGUUUGCGUGAUGGAUGCUUCGGGUCAGCUAGGUGCCAGUCUGGUCCAACAAUUACUUCUACGGGGAUACCAUGUCCAUGCCUCUGUUCAAUCACAUGGGAACGAGCAACUCAAUGGGAUUUCUGCUGACCCCAAUAGGCUCAAGAUUUUCCAUUUAGACCCAUUUGAUUACCAUAGCAUAACCGAUGCUCUAAGAGGCUGCUCUGGCUUGUUUUAUGUAUUUGAACCACCUCAGGACCAACCCUACUAUGAUGAAUACAUAGCAGACGUAGAGGUCAGAGCAGCACACAAUGUGAUUGAAGCUUGCGCUCAAACAGAAACAAUAGAUAAAGUGGUUUUCACUUCAUCUGCAACAGCUGUCGUUUGGAGGGAGGAUCGCAAAGCCAUGGAAUCGAACAUGGAUGAGAAACAUUGGAGUGAUAUCAAUUUCUGUCGGAAGUUCAAGCUAUGGCACGGGAUGUCAAAGACAAUGGCAGAGAGGACAGCGUGGGCCCUAGCAAUGGACAGAGAGGUGAACAUGGUGUCCAUAAACGCAGGCUUGUUGAUGAGUAGUGACCAACACCAAGAUCUCUGCAUCCAAAAAAACCCCUACCUCAGAGGAGCUUCGGAGAUGUACGAAGAUGGCGUGUUGGUGACCGUAGACUUAGGAAUCUUGGUGGAUACCCACAUCUGUGUUUACGAAGAUAUCUCAUCCUAUGGUCGCUACUUGUGCUUCAACCACGUCAUCAACACCCAACACGACGCCGUUCAGCUCGCCCACAAGACUACCACCCCUCUAAGCUGUGACCCAGGGAAAGAGUUUAUCCAACAAAGAAUAAGCAACAAGAAAUUGAACGAACUGAUGGUCAAUUUUGUGAGUUGACUACUAUGGUCUCCACUUUGAAAGGUUUUCUCUUCCGUGCGCGGCGAAACUAUUUGUGCGCAUAUAGUCGAAAAAUAAAUCUGUAAUUGGACAAGCAUGUCGUUCAGACAUCUUAACUUUUUAAGGGAAAAAAUAAUAGCAAUAAAAUACUACAAAUAAAAUUAUUUUAGAGAUAA